ACAGAGACCGAAAGUUGCGUUCCACCCAACGCGUAACCGCGACAACGCACGUGCGUCCGAUAAAACCGUCUAUAACCUGAAUGGAUAAAAAUACCCAAACGAAUGCUCGCGAUUUUGUUAGGGGCGGGGCCAUGCUCGAUGUCUCUAACCCCGCCAAAUAAUCCUGAACAAGUCAGAAAACGAUGUAACUCCACAAUUCCGUAAGCUAUUACAUAGUUAACAGUCUUUGUAACCUGUUUUAGCAGUUCUAACAUUUUAUAAUGUAUUUAGAAACAAUUUUCUGCAAUGGCUUUACACAGACUUUAUGAAGUACCGUAGCUAUCAGACUAUGAUGGAAACAUGAGGGCAUUUUUCCUAUAUUGCAGCGGUAAGUAUAACGUAAAUGAAAACAAAAUACACGACAUAAGUUACAUAUUUUGCAUUUAGACUUAACAUUCCUUUCAUGUUUCAGCCUUGCAUCUCUGUGCUAUUAUGGAUGUGUUUUUGGAAGAGGAGCAUGAAAAUGAUCUUCUGCAGGUGCUGAGUGAGUUUUGUGCUGAGCAGGAGUGGUUUUUGGGUAGACCCCUCCAUGACGAGGAACCCACAGUCAAUGCUUUAUCAGAAACCCCCUUCAGCUUCACAUAUCCUGACUUCAUGGUUGGCUGGGCCCUCAGCUGCCCACUGGCUAAGUGGUCAGCAGAACGCUUGAAUUAUGAUCCGCCCAAAUCGGAUUUCACGAUUGACCUUUUACAUGAGAUUGCCCUCUACAUUUGGGAGGAGGGAAGUUCAUCUAGUGAAACAGACGAGGUGAUAUUCAGUGACAUCGCAGAUCCAUAUACAUCUCCACCAACCCCUCCAGCCCGGCGCCCGCCACCAAAACUCAAUAUCCUCAUAUAUCCAGUGUCCAUCUCCGGGAACCUUGGAUGUCUACCUUGACUGCGGAGGCUGCUGAGUUGUUAUGAUUCAAGUGAAGCUGGAGAACGUUACGGAUAUGAGCUGAGCGGUGGAGGAUACAGCUACGUCACAGGAGGUGAAGGCAUGGUGUUUAGCAGGACAGCUGUACAGAAUAGCCAAACAGGUGGUAGCGAGUGUCGCAGUGCCGAUCCUCAUGAUAUGUGUUUAACCACGCUGGGGUUCCCGGUAACACACAGCCCACUCUUUUCACAGGCCUGUCCAGAUGAUUAUGUGAAAGAGCUCCUGACCCGACAGAACCCAAUCUCCUUUCACAAACACUGGAACAUCAACCCUGUGGCCGUCUACCAGCGCUAGCUAACAGACACAGUGUGA